UUAAAAUGCCAAAGCGCAGUAGUGAAGCGAAGAUUCAGUAUUAUGAAGCAAAAUUACAGAAGUUACAAGAAAAACAAAAAGCCACACCGCCGGCUGUGCGCCGACGAUGUAUAGUUUAUUCAGAUUCAUCAACGGAUGACAACUCAGACAACGAGCCGCUGGCCGAAAACCUGUCACCACAACCGGAAGAGCAAUCUCCCGUGGUAACGAUUGAUGCUCCGCCUGAGACAACCAAUACUGAUACCCUGACGCAAGUGGACGAGUCGGAAGAAAUUGAUGUCGAGUUUCUUUCGGCUUUAGGCGAUACAACUCCGGAAACGCCUAUGUACGGCGAAAAAAUUCACGAAACAUUGGCGCAAAGAUGGUUGCCAAUUCUCCGCCGCGGCUUGCCUAAGGAGGCAGCUGAAUCAUUACUAAAGGAAUAUAGGAUUCCCGAAAAUUGUAAACUGUUGAGAGCGCCGACACUCAACCCAGAAAUCAUUUCGGCCAUAAACGGUGCUGCCAGGGGCAGAGAUAAGAAGAUCGAGAAUCUUCAGCAACAACUCGGCCUGGGCAUAACUGCUAUCAACCGAGCCAUGAAUACACUGGUUACUGGCAGCGGUGAUGAUAAGCAGGAUAAAGUCCAAGCUGUUAAGGUUUUAUCUGAUGCAUGCCGCAUAUUAUCUGACCUUCACUAUAAAGAAUCAGAAUCCAGAUCAAAUUUAAUUUUACCAGGACUGGACAAAUCUUUCCUUUCUGUCAUUCAAGAUGUAGAAAGGGACGAGUCGCUAUUUGGAAGUAAACUCGGUGACAAGAUCAGAGCAUCUCAGAUGAUCGAGAAACAAGGACUCCAAAUUAAAAAAGUCGUCACGAUCCAGAAACCUCCUGCGCCGUCCACGUCCAAGUCGGCUAACGGAUCCCGCUACCAGGGAAACUGGUCCACGCCUUCCCGCUUCCAGCCGUCGUCGUCGAACAGGGGGGGGAGGGGAGGCGCGCAGAAGAUCCAAGCGACGCAGAGACCAACGUAUCCGUCGCGGGGAACGACACAAGCGAAGGGCAGCUACAACAAGCAGCGUGCUCCUCCACGCCACUAAACUUGGUACGUCACGCUGGCAGGUUACAAUAUUUUUUCGAUUGCUGGCUAUCAAUCACGAAUAAUCCUGUCGUAUUGAGCUGGAUAAAAGAUGGGUUUUCUAUACCUUUCGAAACCAAAGUCUUCCAAAAAACUGUUCCUAAAAAUGUUUUUACUCUAUCGGAGAAAAAAGAUAUGGCAGUUUCUAUAAGCAAGUUAUUGGAGCUAGGAGCUAUAUCUGAAUGUACGCCAUGCGACGAACAGUUCAUCUCCAAGAUUUUUCUAGCCCCUAAGGCCAACGGUGAAAAGAGAUUUAUCCUAAAUCUAAAGCCACUUAACAAGUUUAUCCCUAAAUUACAUUUUAAAAUGGAGGAUUACAGAACGGCCGCUAGAUUAAUACCUAAAGAUGGCUUCAUGGCCACCAUUGAUUUAAAAGAGGCCUAUUUAAUUUUACCUAUAUCGUCCUCUGAUAGAAAGUACCUACGGUUUCAAUUUCAAAAAGACGAUAAUGGAAAUGAUUCCUUAUUUGAGUUUUCGGCAUUACCUUACGGCCUCUCAGUAGCCCCAAGAACUUUUACGAAACUCAUGAGAGAAGUCACCACUUAUCUUCGAUCACGUGGCUUCACCUCGGUUAUUUACUUAGAUGAUAUAUUAUGCAUCGGAGAAAAUUAUGAAGAAUGUUUAUCGAACGUCAGAGAAACCAUUUCUUUGUUACACUGCCUGGGAUUCGUGAUUAAUUUCAGUAAAAGCUCAUUGAAACCCGAACAAAGUUGCUGUUUCUUAGGCUUUGUCUACGAUUCAAGAUAUAUGACAAUAUCCCUCACUGAUAAAAAAAGAGACAAUAUAGCCAAAUUGGUUAAAAAAUUCCAAACAUUACGUUCGUGUUCAAUCAGAGAUUUCGCUCAAUUAAUAGGCACUUUGACCGCAGCUUGUCCAGCAGUGCGUUAUGGAUGGUUGUACACGAAAUUACUGGAGAGACAUAAAUUUCUUGCGUUACAGAAAUAUCAUUCUUUUGACGCGAAAUUUAAACCAUCUACAGAUAUUUUACCAGAUUUAGAAUGGUGGGCUCAGCACAUCUAUUCUUCUUGCAAUACCAUAGGCAUCCAAAUAUUCGAUCAAGAAAUCUUUACAGAUGCCUCUAGAACCGGCUGGGGUGCGUACAGUAAUAAUAAUCGCGUUAAUGGUGGCUGGACAGAGGGCGAACAGCAGUUCCAUAUUAAUUAUUUGGAGCUAUUAGCAAUAUUCUUAAGCCUUAAAAGUUUGGCCCGAAAUAGCUCAGACUGUGCAAUAUUGUUACGAGUUGACAAUACGACUGCUAUUAGUUACAUCAAUCGCAUGGGGGGUAUUCAGUACCCCCAUCUUAACAAUUUAGCUAAAAAGAUCUGGCAAUGGUGCGAGGAGCGAAAAAUCUGGCUGUUUGCUUCUUACAUAAACACAAAUGACAAUAAGGAUGCAGAUGAGGAGUCUCGUAAAACUAUAAAUCCAGAUAUUGAAAUGUCACUAUCUGAAGAAGCUUUUACUAAAAUAGUUCACAGAUUAGGACAACCUGAGAUCGAUUUAUUCGCUUCCCGCACCAACGCUAAGUGCGAUACUUACGUCUCAUGGAAACCAGACCCCGAUGCAAUUUCAGUCGAUGCAUUCACACAAAAUUGGAAUCGGUGGUUCUUUUAUGCUUUUCCACCAUACUCAUUAAUCCUUAAAUGCCUUCAAAAAAUUAUGUUUGACAAGUCAAGUGGCAUUUUAGUAUUCCCUUACUGGCCUUCUCAGCCCUGGUUUCCUCUUCUAAAAAGCAUGCUUAGUUCAGAGAUUAUUAUAUUAAAUGACGAAGUUCAACACAUUUUCAGCCAACGGUGUCCACCGGCCAGGGAGCAUACCCUGGCUGCAGCGAGGCUCUGCGGCUCGCGCUCAUUAGAAGAGGAACUCCGGAGGCUGCCUUAAAUCUGACUAUUGCAUCACUGGCCAAGAACACGUUGAAACAAUAUAAUGUUUCUUUCAAACUUUGGUGGACAUUUUGUCGAGAUAAUAAUCUUAACAGUUACGAACCUUCUAUAUCCGAUGUAAUUUUAUUCUUAACGGAACAAUUCGAUAAGGGUUCCGCGUAUGGAACUCUGAAUAGUCAUCGUUCGGCACUCUCCCUCCUAUUAGGAGGCGAAGUAAGUGCAGACGUCAGAAUCAAACGACUCCUGAAAGGAGCGUUUAAACUAAGACCUUCUGUUCCAAAAUAUACCUCAACGUGGGACCCACAAGUUGUGCUAAAUAAUAUAUCAAAUUGGCCCUCAAAUAAAGAUCUUUCAUUAGAACAGUUAACCAAGAAGUUGGUUAUUCUAUUAGCAUUAUGUACAGCGCACAGAGUACAAACGCUGUCACUAAUAAAAUUAAAUAACAUUAAAUCUGAUGCAAAUGGAAUUAAGAUUAUUAUCUCUGACCUUAUAAAGACUUCAGCUCCUGGUCGUGACCAACCUGUACUAGUUUUACCAUAUUAUAAUGAGAAUAAAAGUAUUUGUCCAGCCACUGUCAUAGAACAAUACUUAACAUCUACCAAGGAAUUAAGACCCACAGACGUAAAUAACCUUAUACUUACCUGGAAACGGCCCCACAGGGCAGCCUCUGCUCAAUCUAUCAGUAGAUGGAUAAAGCAGGUGCUGGCCGACAGCGGGGUGGACACGACGGUGUUCGGUGCGCACAGCACGAGGCACGCCUCCACGUCGGCUGCGAGCUCCGCGGGCAUUUCCUUAGACGUUAUUCGUAGGACAGCUAGCUGGACAAAGACUUCAGAAACAUUUGCUCGCUUUUACAAGCGCCCUAUUUCUGAUGAGAGUGAUUUUGCUAAAUCUAUCCUAGGUAAUAAUUUAAAUGACCAAUAAUUGUUGAUUAUUUUGAUUGUUCAUUAUUUUGAUUAUGUAUCACAAACCAAAAGUGCCUAAUUACUUACCUAAGUUAACUUAUGACAGUUGUACUUAUUAUAGUUAUAAGAAUAAACGUUAGUUUGAUAUAAAUGUAAUUUUUAUUUUAUUACAAGAAAACUUCCGUUCUAAGGACAAAACUUACAAAACUCUAAACAUCUACAUUGUUAAUUUAUAUCUGAAGAAUGAAGCUACGAAAUAUAAUAUUGUGAUCAAUU